AUGGCUCCCUCCGUCGCUGACAGCACCACAACCCCGGUGGUCCCCAUUGUGGAAGGAGAUGUACCAGCCGCAAAGACUCUCCAAAAGGCGCCCUUGAAGCUUAGCGGGGUUCUUGACUCCUUCGAUUCCUUCGAUGUUACCCCCGUCAUUGGCCGGGAGUUCCCAACGGCUAACUUGGCUGAGUGGCUGCGGGCUCCCAACUCGGAUGAGCUGCUCCGCGAUCUUGCUAUAACCAUCUCACAACGCGGCGUCGUUUUCUUUCGCAAACAAGACGGACUAGACGAUGAUCUGCAGAAAGAGCUAAUCCAGCGAUUGGGCCUCCUUGCCGGCAAGCCCAGUACAUCUGGUCUUCAUGUGCACCCUAUUCAUAAUGCGGGACGCGAGCACAAUGUCAAAGAUAACGAGAUCAGCGUCAUCACCUCCAAGAACCAUGACCAGCUGUACAAGGGACGUUUGCAUCCGAAGAAGCAAAGCGCUAGAAGGGAGUGGCAUAGUGAUAUUACCUUCGAGCCGAUUCCCAGUGACUACACCGUUCUCCGAUUGACAGAGCUUCCCAAGACUGGCGGUGACACACUCUGGGCAUCCGGCUACGAAGUCUACGACCGAAUCUCCAAGCCUUACCAACAGUUCCUGGAUGGCUUGACUGCGACAUAUGCCCAGCCUGGGUUCAACAGGGUUGCUAAGGAAAAUGACUUUGAGAUCUUUACUGGCCCUCGGGGUGCUCCAGAGAAUGUUGGUGAUGAAUUGAAGGCCAUUCACCCUGUUAUUCGGACGAACCCAGUAACCGGGUGGAAGAGCGUCUUUGCCGUGGGCGCUCACGUUGCGAGAGUCAAUGACCUCUCUGAUGAAGAAAGUGACCAUCUGCUGAAAUGGUUUGUCUCUUUGAUCGUUGAGAACCAUGAUCUUCAAGUGCGUCUGAGAUGGGAGAACCCCAAUGACUUAGCUAUCUGGGACAACCGCAGUGUCUAUCAUGCGGCGACGUACGACUACAAGGAGAAGGGCUUUGGUCCACGGACGGGCCAUCGUGUUGUUGGUCUAGGAGAGCGGCCUUACUUUGACCCAAAGAGCAGAAGUCGGCGUGAAGCCUUGGAAGCUGAAUCGGAAUAG